UAUAUUCAAAAGCAUAUGUGUGUAAAUGUGUGUGUAUAUAUAUAUAUUUGCAAUAUUUUAUAACAUACAAAGUGCUCGAAUGAAAAAUGUGAUUCUAUCGUGAGUUUUUGAGCGCCUUUUAAAUCCCUGCUAGUUAAUUUGGAGACAAUAAGAUCGCUCCGAAAUAAUUCAAAGUAUUUGUUUACUUUGUGAUUAAGAAAGAAUACAACUCCGAAUGGAGGGUAAAUCGAAGAUUAUAACGAUUUCUGUCUCUGAGGUCUUGUGAUUAAAGGUUAAAUUAGUUGUAUACUUUUAUGAAGUUUCGUCGAACUAAAAAUAAACUUUAAUUGCCAGAGUAACCUCAAAUCAAACGAGAUUCUUUACCUGGCUGAUUCAUACGUAAUAAUAGUGUCCUAAUGUUUACCAAAGUUGAAAUUGAUGUGACGUGCGCGCGUUUUUAUGAUAGGGAGUAUGACAAUGAAGAUGGCAAGCACUACGAACAAUGAAAAAUAAAAUGCCACCGUUUCGCAGAAAAAAAUCCACCAAGUCUUUUCCUGUUAAAGUUUGUACUUUGGAUGCUGAGCUCGAAUUUAACUUAGAGUGGAGAGCAACAGGAAGAGACUUAUUUGAUUUAGUAUGUCGCACAAUAGGUCUUCGAGAAACAUGGUACUUUGGUCUUCAGUACGAAGAUUCAAAAGGUUUCAUAUCAUGGCUCAAAUUAGACAAAAAAGUUCAAGACCAAGGUGUUCCACAACAGUCAACAACCACAUUCAUGUUCCUUGCCAAAUUUUAUCCAGAAGAUGUUGCAGAAGAGCUUGUUCAAGAAGUUACCCAGCAUCUUUUCUACCUCCAAGUUAAACAAGCUAUAUUAUCAAUGGAUAUUUAUUGCCCACCAGAGGCUUCUGUUUUAUUAGCGUCAUAUGCUGUUCAAGCAAAGUAUGGGGAUUAUGAUGAGGCAUCUUAUCAACCAGGAAUGCUCGCCAGUGAAGAUUUACUGCCACAACGAGUCAUUGAUCAGUAUCAAAUGACCCCAGAGAUGUGGGAAGAUAGAAUAAAAAUUUGGUAUGCUGAUCAUAAAACAAUGUCCAGGGAUGAAGCUGAAAUGGAGUAUUUGAAAGUUGCUCAGGAUUUAGACAUGUAUGGUGUUAAUUACUUUCCUAUUAGUAACAAAAAGGAGACAAACUUGUGGUUAGGAGUGACAGCCUUGGGACUGAACAUCUAUGAAAAGGAGAACAAGCUAACACCAAAGACAACAUUUGCGUGGUCGGAGAUACGUCACAUAAGUUUUGAUGACAAGAAAUUCAUCAUCAAGCCAGUGGACAAGUCGUCGCCAAACUUCGUCUUCUUCUCGCAGAAAGUGCGAAUGAACAAACUGGUAAAGAAAAAAUCCGGUGUUGGGCGCUGGGUGAAGGGUGGCUUACAGGUAGCUUUAGGUAUGGACGAGCAAAUUAGUGAACGAGCGACUCGCGCCUUAUUUGUUAAGAUCUUGGAUCUGUGCAUCGGCAAUCACGACCUGUUCAUGAGGAGGCGCAAACCUGACUCUAUGGAGGUGCAGCAGAUGAAGGCGCAAGCUAAGGAGGAAAAAUCUCGGCGGCAAAUUGAAAGAAACAAGCUGGCACGAGAGAAACAGCUGAGAGAAGCUGCGGAAAGAGAAAAAGCAGCUAUGGAGCAGAGACUAAUGCAGUAUCAAGAAGAAAUACGUCUUGCUAAUGAAGCUCUCAGACGUUCGGAAGAAACGGCAGAUCUUUUAGCGGAGAAAAGUCGAGUCGCCGAGGAAGAAGCAAUGCUGCUAAGUCAAAAGGCAUCGGAAGCCGAGCAGGAAGUAACACGAAUCAGAUUGAACAACAUGAAAACUGAAGAAGAAAAAGUACAUUUGGAGCAGAAAACUAGAGAUGCUAUUCGCCUUACAGAAAUGCUGGUUCAAGAGUCCGAAAAACGAGCUUUAGAAGAGAAAAGAUUGAAAGACGAGCUUUUACGCGCUCGUAUCGCUGAAAAGGAAGCGAAGGAAAAGCUGCUUGAGUUUUUGAAUAGAAAUACUUAUACCUCGGCUAUUCCGCCUGCUUCAAACCUUUUUCCUUCUACGCAAGUCUUACCUUCAGAAUUACAAGCCGACUUACAAACACUCCAUCUCGAGUCUGAGCCACUGACGACGGAAGUACACUGCUACGACUUGAUCGCGGACGGAGACGUAGAUCAAUUAUCUUUAGAAAUUGAAAAAGAACGAGUGGAUUACUAUGAGAAGAGUAAACAUCUCCAAGAGCAGUUACGUGAACUUCGAUCGCAAAUCGAAGUACUCAAAGUCGGCGAAAAGCAGUGUGAAUUGGACCAAUUACACGAGGAACAAGUACGCCUUGGUGAAAACAAAUAUAGCACACUGAAGAAAGUCAAAUCGGGCUCGACCAAAGCUCGAGUCGCUUUCUUCGAGGAGUUGUAGUCUUCAUUUUUCCUUUUUUUCAUUCGAUGUAUUGUAUUUUUUUAAGUAACCCAAGUGCUAUCUGCAGUAAUUCGUGUAUUAUACCGAUAAAUAUUGUAAGACGCAGGCUGUGUGCCGUUGAGACGCCAAACUGCAAGUUGCUGAAUUUUUUUUCGGCAUGCUGUUCUUUUGACCGUAGGUGUUUAAGCUUUUUUUAUACUAACUGUACCGGCUUGUCUACUUUUCUAAAAAAAAAGAAAAAAACGUUUACGCAGAGUAAAAUGUGUAUUUAUUAGUCACGAGAAAAUUUAACGUGAUUAGCUUUUUUUAGAGACCGUUCUAUUUAGAACCAAUAAGCUUAUAUUUUUUAAAUGGAUUGUUUGUGCCUUGAAAUUGAUCAAAAUACGCAUAUAAAUCGACAUUUUAUUAAACACAAACGAGAUAUUUAAUGCUUGUCUUAUAUGUACAUGAUUUUAUAUUGACAAUAUAUUUUGUUAUACUUUUGAAGAAGACAACUAAGAAUGUCACGUGGUAAAUAUAUAAAAGAUGAAGUGUCUAUCUGCGUGAUAGACAAUAGCUUUAUAUAAAUUUUAAGUGCCUUAUAUCAUCUCGUAUAAUUAUACAACAGUCAAUUUUACUCAAUAAAGCUUAUAAAUUAUGUACAGUAUAUAUAUG